AUGUUCAUGGCCGUCAUUCCGCGAAUUUAUCCAGAUCUGGCCCAUCACCAACCCCUACGCCCCCAAACGCCUCAGCCCCACGGGUUCCCCCUUCGGAACAGCAAAGACGAGCGCGAGGUGCGAGGGCGGUGGAAGAGCUUUGUGGGCCGGUGGAACCGCGGCGAGCUCGCCGAGGGCUGGUAUGAGCCGGAGAUGUUCCUGCGGGUGGUGCGCGCGCGAUCGCUAGACGAGCCGGAGACGGCCGCGGAACCCGAUGAGGCCUCCGCUCAGGUCAUGACGCCGCCUACGACCGGGAUGAGCAUGGCUGACUUGAUCAUGGAGACUGCGGCUGCCGGAGUGAAUGGACCCCGCACCGCUGUUGGUGGAGAAGCAAAACGGGCCGUUGACGAUGAGGAGGAGGACGACGACUGGGGACCCUCUUUACCCGCGCCGGCUGGGCAUCCCAAUGCUGGACCACGACCGGGGGAUGCAAACCCGGCAUCAGCAAGAUCCGGCCCCGCGAUACCAACCCUGCAAGACCUCGAGCUCCAGCGCACGUUGGAGGCCGAGGCGCAGCAAGGCCGGAUCGCGGACCUACGCCUCGCCCGCAAGGACGACCGCCGGAAGCAGGCGGAGCAGCUGGACGAGCUGGUGCCGCGGGCGGAGCCGGGGACGCGCGAGCGGCAGCUGGAGAAGAAGCGGGCGGUGGCGGACAAGAUGCGGGAGAUCCGCGGUGCGGCGGGGGGCGGCGACGGGCUGGAGGAGGUCGGGGACGGCGAGCUGAUGGGGGGUGCCGAGGACGGGGCGGGCGACUACCGGCGCGUGCUGGAGUCGAUGCAGCGGCGCAAGACGGAGAGGGAGCUGCGGAGGGAGGAGUUUACGAGGGCGAAGAACGCGGAGAGGGACGAGAGGAUCAGAGAACAAGAAGCAGACCAGGAGACCAACACGGCCGGCCUCUUCGACGACCCGGAGGGCUUCUACCCGCCGACGCCGCCGCCGACAACGCAGCGGCACGCCCUCCGGGCGGGCGGCGAGCUGACGCUACACCUGGUGGGCCACUCGCCGCUCGAGGGCCACCACCUCUGGAACGGCGCGCGCGUCGUCGCCGACCACUUCGAGGCCGACCCGGGGGCCGUGGCGGGACGCGCCGUCCUCGAGCUCGGCGCCGGUGCCGGCCUGCCCAGCAUCGUCGCCGCCCUGCUGGGCGCCGGCACCGUUGUCGUCACGGACUACCCGGACCCGGACCUGCUGGAGAACCUGUGGAGGAACGUGGCCGAGGCGGGACUGGCGCCGCUCGGGGACGGGGAAGGGGAGGGCGGCAAUAUUGCCGUGGAGGGGUUCAUCUGGGGUGGGGAUCCGGCGCCGUUGCUGGCGAGGCUGCCGCCGGCGCCCGAGGGUGGGGACGCGGGGGGCCGGGGAUUCGAUGUCUUGAUCAUGGCGGACCUGCUCUUCCGGCACUCGGAGCACGGGAGGAUGCUCGACACGAUUGAGGCUACGCUGCGGAGGAGGAGGGACAGCAAGGCAUACGUGGUCUUCACCUCUUACCGGCCCUGGCUCCAGCACAAGGACCUUGCCUUCUUCGACGUCGCGAGGGGGAGGGGAUUCGAGGUUGAAAAGAUCCUGGAGCGGAAGAUGGACCGCCCGCUCUUUGAGAACGAUCCCGGCGAUGAGGAGGUCCUCAAGACCGUCACGGGAUUCACGGUCAGAUGGCCGGCCGAAAAGUGCGAAAACUGA